ACAAUGCUUAUGACCCAGAUGUUAGUGCUUCUGAACUGUUGAUAGAUCAUAUUGAUAUCCGUGGUCUUCCGUGCCUCAUUUUCUUGGAUAAUGGAGCUGGAAUGGAUAGAGAUCAUCUGCUCAAGAUGCUAAGCUUUGGUUUCUGUGAGAAAGAAAUCUAUGAGAAACAGGGCUCCCACCAGCCCAUUGGUCAUUAUGGAAAUGGCUUUAAGUCUGGCUCCAUGCGCAUUGGACAGGAUGCUUUGGUCUUCACCAGGUGUCAGAAAAGUGCAUGCAUUGGGUUUCUGUCACAGACCUACCUGACGGCCAUGCAGUCCGACUCUGUAACUUCACUGGAACGCAUCAAGAGCCAGGAGUCACGGAACAACCUCAAUGCCAUCCUUGAAUACUCUGUGUUUAGACUGGAGAAUGAACUAAAGGAAGAAUUGAAAGCAUUGGAGGGUUCUAAGACAGGAACCAAAAUUAUCAUCUCUAAUCUUAAAAGGCUACAAGAUGGUACCUAUGAGCUGGACUUUGCCAGUGAUCCCACAGAUAUCCGUUGUCCAGAAGCCCAUGAGAUUGACAUGACAUCCGUCUACCACCGCCCCAUCCAACAGUACACUUCUGAGUACAAGCGUUCCUUACGGGAAUACUGCAGCAUUUUGUUUCUGCGACCACGGAUGAAAAUCACUAUAAGGGGCAUGCGGGUCAAAUCCAAGCUGAUUUCCAAGUCACUGUCUAACACAGAGAUAGACAUGUAUAAACCAACAUGGCUGUCACGCCCAGUGAAAAUCAUCUUUGGCUUCACGUGUGACAAGGGAAGAGAAGAUGAUUCUGAUUAUGGCAUGAUGCUUUACCAUAGAAACAGACUUAUCAAGGCUUUUGAGAAAGUGGGAUACCAGAAACAGCCAAAUGGUCUGGGUGUUGGUGUUGUUGGAGUUGCACAAGUCGACUUUCUGCAGCCGAUCCACAACAAGCAGGACUUCGAAAAGGAUGAGAAGUUCCAUUCUGUAAUGGCAGCAUUUUCUAAUAAAUUAAAUGAUUACUGGAAUGAGAAAAAGGGAUCAAAUGUUCCAGUAUCUGCACAGCCUGCCAGGAAUCAUCCUGAUUGGUUGUGGGCUCAGUGCGACCAUUGCCUCAAGUGGCGACGGCUGCCAGAUAAUAUUGAUAGUGAUUCGUUGCCAGAGUCAUGGUACUGCAGGAUGAACCCAGAUGCUACACACAAUCGCUGUGAUAUACCUGAGGAACCAGAGGAUGAAGAUUUGGCUGUCAGGCCUACAUAUGAGAAAACAUUCAAGAAAAAGCAAGAGGAGAGGAAGAGGUUGCAGCAGAUGGAGAAAGAGAAAGAGGAGGAAGCUAAAAGGAGAAAGAUCAUGGAAAAGGAAAGGGAGCUGAAAGAAAAAGAAGCAGCCCUGAGAGCUAUACAGCAGGUGGCAGCUGCCAAGCCACUGCUUAUUUAUCAGUUGCAGGAAAAUAAAGCUGUGAUGUCAUUACAACGAGCAUUAGCUGAAGCUCGUCGCAAAGAAGAGCAGCAAAAACGUUUGAUACUGCAGAUGCAGGAGCAGAAGAAAGCCAUGGAGGAGCAGAGAAACUCACUGUUACAGUUGGCAGAAACUUUGCAGUCUACUCCAGGGAAGAAAAGAAAGGAUGUGCUGGAGGAGAUGUCCAAGGUCAUUGGAACCUUCAGCAAAAGAAAAUCACAUGAAGAAACUCCUCCUGCAGCCAACAGAAAACAUGGAAAGAAAAUGUGUAUUAAGACAGAAAUGGGAGAGCUGCUUUCAAUUACUCAAAAUGAUGUUGAUUCAGAUGACAGUGAAGAUGCUGACAGCCGUCCUCCUGCCGCACAGUCCAAAAGAUUGACAAACGGACAGAAAGAAAAUGCUUCUCCAGGAGAAGUUAACAUGAACGAUGAACAGACAUUGUCAGCCUCUGCUGAGGGACCCUCCCAAGUUGGUCCCUCGGCAUCCGGCCGUGUCAAACAAGCUUGCAGCAAACGGGGCAGGCCAACAGGGCAAUCAUUGCUACAGGUGAUAGCAGCUGCUGCUGAAAACGCAUCUCAUACCCAAUCAUCUUCAACAUCAAAAUCUCGGGGGAAGCGGAAACAGAAAGAAGGAACAGUGAUGGCAGUGAUAGACCUGACCAGUGACAGUGAGUUUGGGGAGCUGGUUGAUAUCAAGCCUGAUCUGGAGGGCUUACAUAACAGUGUUCUAGAGAACAUCCAGCAAGAAGAGGACAUUAAACCAGAUAAGGAUGCCCUUGAUGAACGCUUGCAUCAGGAAGAUGACUCUAAUAAGCCAUCAUCAUCAGAAGCAGCGCUGGCUGAAACCAAGCAAGAAACGGUGGAAACUUCUUCACAAGAACUACCAGCGGCAUCCCUGACAACAGCUUCAGAACCUCCUCAUGUUCAGCCUACAGAUGGCAGCACUGAGUUUUCAGGGAGCGUGUCAGAAGAUGCUGAAGACACCGCCAUAACACUUGUCCAAGCAAGAGUAGGACAAAAUGUGCACAAGUCAGAACAUAGACGUUUGGCUUCUCAGAAUGGACUUAGCAAAAUGGCAGUUGAUCCCCAGGGUGAUGCUGGAGGUGGGGACGGAAGGGAAUCUGAUGCUGAAAAUGCAGGCGACAGUGACUUUGAUGGGAGAGUGGAUGAUGAUGACAGUGACUACAGAGCUUAUUCCACUGUUGAUGAGAAAGGAGAUUCUAGUGAACCUCAUAUUGACAGACGUCAUUGUGCUGUGACGGAGAAAAGCCGAAGCAACAGUACAGAAGAUGGGAGUGGUGGCUAUAACCAAGGUCUCAGUGACGAUGGAGAUUCUGUUGGCAAACAAGAUCCUAAUGGACGUUCACAUCUGGAGGAGAGCCAUGAAAUAGAUGGCUCUUUGGCUAAAGAACAUGCUUCUGUAGAUUUUCAUGAGAAUAGUAGGGAUGAGUGUGAGUCAGAGACAAGAGAAGAAAAUGAUUCACCAGAUGUGGCAAGGGAUCAGGACAAAGCUGAAGCUGAUUCUCCUGCUAAUCUGCUAGAAGGAAGUUCCUUCAGCAAGAUCAUUCCCAAUCUGGAGGACUCAGUUUCUCCAAAAACAAGCAACGCUUUUGAGAAUAUUGACAAUUCAGCUGUUGGUCAUGAAGAUAAUGAACCCAGUGAACAUAAUACUGAUGAAGACAACAAUGAAUCGGUAGAAGACAGGGUUCAGAUAGUGCGCACAAAGCCGGUAUUAAAAUCAGACAGUAAGCAAUCACUAAAACCUUCUGGCAUUGAUGGUGAAAAUUCAGUCGACGUUGAAACAAAUGUUUGGAAAUGUGAGAAACAGGCAGCAAAACCAGGUUUGAACCAAGUAGACAUGACUUUCUUUGGCAAAAAUCAAGAUACUGAGCCGCUACAUCCUAGUUCUUCAUCAUCGCUGUCGUUCCAUGAUAUGUGUGCUUCCAUGUCCCAUCUCCAGAACCUCUCGUCUCCAGAUACUGCAGCUACUGAGUGUAGUGUCCACAGAACACAUGAUGUGAUCAUGCAGACAGACCUGGACAUGCUUUCUCUGGGGGAGAUGUUGGAACUCUGCACAGCUGCUGGUGAUGUCUGCAGCUUUAAUCAUCAGGUCUCUCAGGUGAAGCAUAAACAUCUCUCAGGGGUUGGAACAGCGGACAAGUCGUUACAGGCCGUGUGUCUAGAACACAACGUGUCCACUGCUGAAUCUCAAACAGAAGACAGUGAGUGGAUGAGGGACAGCAAUGAUCAGGCUGAAGUGGUGGAAGAGCUUCAAACAAAGCUUUCAUUGAGGAGUCAACAGUUGGAAGAUACUGAGAAGAAACUGACUGAAAUCAAUGUCAAUAUUCACAAACUUCUAGGCUACAUCGUGCCAGGAACUGAGUUAGGAGAUGUCAACAACAUUGAUCAGAUAAUCAAAGACAUGAUCCGCAUUCAUGAAGAAUCUUUUCAAGAGACACAGUCCCAAGAAAGUACCAAAGAGAUACAGACUCUAGAAUCUAACCAAGAGACACAGUCUCAAGAAGAAACCAAAGAGAUACAGACUCAAAAUGAUACUACUGUUUCAUAG